AUGGACCCAUAUACACCUCGCUCUCGGAUCGGGGGACGUAAGAAGAAUAUAACGUUGUCUGCUAAAGAAUACACCAAAGUUACAGGAACGAUCGCAUCUGUACGAAGAACUCGUCAGUACAUGGAGGAUGAAACUGCGGAAGGGCCUCCGAUCACAUUUAUGAAGAAACUCGUACCAGGACGCGACGAGCCCUCAUUUAUCGCUGAAACUUCAUUCGUGCGAGCACCGUUGAAUUCCCGCGUUGUAUCCAGUUCUGGGGUACCAAAAAGCAAUUCAAAAGGAAAGGGAAAGGCGAAGGACACCUUAGAUGGGGUUCCUGUUGAUAUACAGGAGGCAUUACUCUUAGAGGACCUCUUAUUUGUUCUGAUGGGAAUCGAAGGGACAUAUAUAACCUACCAUCCCAAUUACUCACCUGAAGACGAUGAUCCUUUACAAGGCGUACGCUUUAGUGUAUCACCCUUAUUAGAUCCAUCGCUUCGUGAUCUAGUUGAGAGGAUUCUUCCGCUCGCGACAUACUACACCGCUAUCACUUCGUUCAUAGAGCUACGAAGUCACGUUGAUUUUGGGCUCGUGAAUCAUGCAUUGUGCGCUGCGAUGCGCGACAUGUUGAAGGACUACCAAACGUUAUUGGCACAACUAGAACAUGCAUUUAGCACGUCUCCACAAUUCACGUUGCAAAAGCUCUGGUUUUAUGUGCAUCCUACAUUGCACACGCUGUCACUACUCUAUCUGCUUACCACAGAACUCGCGACUGCUGACGAUCCUUCCACCGCAUUGUCUGACUCUGAUUCGGCAAGCGCGUCUGAUUCUGAAGAGGACGCGCGGAAUGAAGCACUGGGUCUAGGUGGCACCAAGCUGAAAGCAGUCCUAUCCGAAAUCAACAAAGGAUCUCGACUUGGUGCUGACGCCGGUACCAGCGGGAUUGCUGUUAAGGGCGGGGAAGUUCUGGCAAUCAUGUACGAGCGAAUGCAAAACAUGUCCGGUGAUCCCGCUGCCCGCACCUUAUAUGGCGCGCUCCUACAUUCGUCUGGAAGACCAUACAUCGAGAUGGUACAGGCUUGGAUUCGUACCGGUCAUCUGGUGGAUCCUUAUGAGGAGCUGUGUGUGAAGGAGAGCAAGUUUAUCGAUCGGGGCACACUGGAGAUGGACUAUACAGAUGAAUAUUGGGAACGACGUUAUACGCUUAGAGAUGGAUCGACAAUGAACGGUUCGUCCAAGCGUCAUCAGGCCGGAGUUCCCCCACCCCGGACCGUUGGAGGUCGAUUACCUGGAGGUGCUUGUGUCCCGCCUGCCCUGGAGCGUUGGAAAUUGAAGAUACUGUUAGCGGGAAAGUAUCUCAAUGUUAUCCGAGAAUGUGGUAUUGAAAUUGGACGAGACCCCAGCCAUGCAGAUGAUGAAGAUCUGUCUAUGGAUGACGAGAAACUGUAUAAAUCCAUAGAUGACGCAUACUCACAUGCAAAUCGCACGCUUCUGCAGCUACUCUUGCAAGACCAACAACUGAUGCCCCGAUUGCGGUCUCUGAAGCGGUUUUUCUUCCUCUCACAGUCGUCCUUCCUCACACAUCUUCUUGACCUUUCACACACGGAGCUUCGCAAAUCAGCGAAGUCCGCCUCGCUUGUGAAGCUUCAGAGCUUGCUGGACCUCGCGCUCAACACUGAUACGCAAGGCGAGGACGCCAUGUUUCGCGAAGAUCUGCGUGUAAUCAUGGCGGGAAGUGGGCUAUAUGAGUGGCUGCUCAAGGUCGUCAGCGUGAAUGGUAUAAUUGCCGGUGAAGAUGGCGAAGGCGCAGAUGCCUACGAGGAACAGAAGAAAGAAAAGGAGAAAGACGACAAGAAACAAAUUCUGGCCAUUGACGCGCUAACGUUAGACUACACGGUGAAGUUCCCGUUGUCACUAGUAAUUUCACGCAAGACAAUUCUACGCUACCAGCUCAUCUUCCGUUUUCUAUUGCAUCUCAAACACGUCGAACAGUCGCUCUCCUCCAUGUGGAUAGAACAUAAGACAUCCCCCUGGCGACGUGCUACUCGUCCGGCCGACACUGUCCCGCAGUCGCUGGCUGAUGACUGGCAUACCGACUUUGAAAACUGGCGCAAGCGUGUUUUCUUACUCCGAGCACGAAUGCUUUCAUUCGUGCAACAAAUUUUGGCUUUCGCAACGUUUGAAGUACUCGAGCCUAACUGGCGCAAGCUCGAAGGAAGACUCGAGGCUGGGAAAGUUGAAACCGUCGAUCAGCUUCUGAGAGACCAUGUCGAUUUCUUGGACACGUGUUUGAAAGAGUGUAUGCUGACUAGUUCAAAGUUACUCCGCGCGUAUUCACGCCUGAUCGUCACUUGUUCAACCUUUGCUCUGUAUACGGCAUCCUUCACAAAAUCUGCCAACCAGGCACUGGCAGCUGCGGACAUGCCCGAAGGUGACCAGGCGAUGGCCAAGCGAUGGGAUUUUCUCAGCAAGUUUGAAACAAACUUCAAUCAUUGGUUCAAGGUUCAUCUCGACUGUGUGCAAUAUUAUGCCUCGAGUGAGAACGUAUCACUGUUACCGUUGGUUGUUCGUUUGAACAGCAUUAAAGCAGCUGUAUAA